AUGUUACUCUGGCUGAACUUCGUCUCUCUAUAUUCGUUAUUCGAAGUGAUCACAGCGAAAACAUUCGCGAACACAUCGAUGUUGUUGAUUCCUGGUAUGGAAUCAAUGGCAUCCGAUAAAUAUCCACAUUAUACGAUUAUUGAAACUGUAAGCCGUACGAAAUGGCAUCGUCAUCGAAGAGAAGUGAUCGCUGGACCGAUCUACGACUGGAAUUCCUAUGAGAUCCCCUAUCAAAUAUGGGGAGGAGAUUACAAUUUCCAAAAUCUCAUCCGACGUGGGAUUCGAAUGUGGGAGGAGUCGACAUGUUUGCGUUUUCGGGAAAAUAUGGCGUCACGUGAUGCCAUCCGAUACGUGUUGGAGAAAGGCGACAGUUGUUUUACCGAAUAUAUCGGCCGAAACGGUGGUCAUCAGGAUAUUAUCAUUGGAAGUGAAUGUGCUGAGGAAUACGUGGUAGCGCAUGAGACUGGUCAUGCUCUUGGUUUCUGGCAUACACAUCAACGGCCUGACAGAGACAGACAUAUUUCUAUUAAUUGGAAAAAUGUGAUGGAAGAAGCGACAGCAUCGUUUAUGCCAUUUCGUAGCAUGUUACAAGCUUUUGGAAUUCGUCAGGUUUCUCCUCGACGCGUACCUUAUGAUUACGGUUCUUUGAUGCACUACCACGCGGUCGCUCACGCAAUUAAAGUAUCCGAUUUCACAAUCGUUCCCAAGGAGCUUAAAUAUGUGACGACAAUGGGCACCGAGAAGAUGGCAUUCCUGGAUGCAAAAGUGAUUAACGAUAUUUACUGUCCAAACGCUUGUGUUGGUAGAUCAAAUCUACGUUGCAUGGCAGGGGGCUAUCCGGAUCCAAACAACUGUGCUGUUUGCCGAUGUCCUGAAGGACUCGGAGGAGCCGACUGCAGUUUGUUGCAGCCUAGCCCAUGUGGCGGUGAAUUACACGCAACCGAUCAGUGGCAAACAUUGAACAGCCCAGCAGGAAAAGAUGUCAGGUGUUAUUGGAGAAUAUCCGUUCAAGACGGUUCACGGGUACGUUUCCGUUUGUCCGACGGUGAAUUCCCCUGCUCGUAUGGAUGUCAAUCGUACGUAGAAAUCAAGCAUAAACUUGAUAUUCGAUUGACCGGUUUCCGGAGUUGCUGUUAUCGACCUAAGGAGGACACUGUAUCCGAGAGCAACCAAGUGUUCAUCAUUUAUCAUCCGAAUGGACGAACAGCUCGUUUUUCGUUGCGCUAUAAGCGACAAGCAUAG